AUGAUUAGACUGCGCGUCCAGGGGCCAGGCAGAAUAACUUGUGACAAACUUAACUUGCCUAGGAAAGAAACAACCUGUGCUGUUUGUGCAGAAGCUCACCGGACAAAUGACUGCCCUGCAAGAAACAACGAGAAGGACAAUGACAACGGAAACACCGUCACCAUCGUAAAGACGUGCGUCAGGUGGGGAGCGCAAGGUGUGGCGGCCUGGCACCAUAACUGCCCCCACAGCGUAACUGCCCAGCCCAGCAACAACCCACCCAGUGCCAAGCAACAACUUCAGACCAAUAAUUUUGAGAACAAUAAGAGCAUAUUGUGUGGUAUCAUUCUAAAUGAAUGCAAAAGUUUUCCACUUCGGAGUGUCGGGUAUAAGCGCAUUGUAGAUCCCUCCGUGGUAUUCGAGGCUACGAAGGUCUCCAGUUGCCCAGUGACAUCACUCAAAGCCCCGUAUGACGUCAUGGAAGGUGGGAGGAGCCAGUCCACCAGCCUUCUGGCCGUGGUCGUUGUGGCUUCAAUAAUCAGUCUGAACAAAAUUUCAGUGGUAGGAGUAUCGAGUAUUCCGGAUGUGAACUUUGUCUACGAGAUGACGAAAUUUCCAAGCUAUACCAGUGCUUUUUGUGUCACUGGAGAUGAUAAGUUGAAGCUUACUGGGAGCGGUAUAGGAGACUACAAUAACCCUGCAGUGGAAGAAUCCCCAGAGAAGAACAAAAUAGACUUUCCAAUGGACGAUAAUGUCAGGUUCUUUAGACGAGGACUGGUGUGUGCAGACGAAGCCGGCAACAGUGUAACAGUCCCAGUCAUGCGGGGAUUAAGCACCUACACUCCCCAGCGGAUUGCUGUGACCGUCAGCCAGGAGCAAGAACUGCGUCUGAGAUAUGAGACCAAUACUGACAAAGACCGCGUGCAUUGGCAGAAAGAACCCAUUCAGCGGUCUGGAAAUUGGUACAAAGCAAAUGUUACAGAGAACAAGACAUUGAAAAUAGCCUACAGUCAUCUGAAAGGCUCUGGUCUCUAUUCGUUAACUGCUGAAACGAAUCCUUUGGUCGAGCAAACCUUAGGAACUUUUUCUGUUAUUGUGAGAGAGUGUCCUGAACGCAGGUACGGCCGCAAAUGCAGCGAGUGGUGUCCCGACUGCAUGUACGGGGGAGAAUGCAGCGCUGGGAAGGGGGAGUGCGUCUGCUCCCCGGGGCUUUCAGGAGACCGCUGUCAGACCAAAUGUAAAGAGAACAAAAUUGGAAAAAAAUGCAACAUUAACUUAGAUGGCAAAGGCAAACAAAUCUGCCUGCCGGCUCCCUUCGGCUGCCAGUGCGCCCCGGGAUACACGGGGCCGAAGUGUCAAUCAGAAUGCCCCGAAGGCUUCUGGGGGGCUGGCUGCCUCCAGACUUGCUCCCAUUGCAAGAGGGGUUGCACUCCGGUCGCUGGGCUAUGCAACGAAGACGAGCAAGCAGAAUGUGUUGGAGGUGACCUAGGGCUCCCCCGGCUCCGGAAGCCUCCGAAUAUCACGGCGAUCAAGCAUGACAGGGCGACAGUGACCUUUGAGCCCUGGGAUAAGGACUACGACGACGGAGAACUGCCCGAGGGUGCAUCGGUGAAGAGCUACAUCGUUGUGUAUUGGGUGCAAGGUGAGCAAGAGAACGCCUCCAAUGUAUCAUCUUCGAACGGGGAGAUACAGCUUCUUGAACUGAUAGGAAAGACGAACUACACGCUUAAGGUUCUUGUCCAGGUGGCUGACGGUGAGAGGACGUGCUAUGAAGAUGGUGGGAAACGGGGAAGAGUCCACGCUGAAGAUUUCACAACAAUUUGCCCUGACGCACCGCCGGAAGUGAAAGGUGUUCAAACGACCCUGAAAAAUUCGACAUCUCUGACCAUUGAGUGGGAGGUAGUACCGUAUCUCACCCGAUGUGAUCUGGUAUACAUCUUCGAAUUCUUCAAUCUUGAAUCGACCGAGAAAAAGGAUUUACAAACAGGGACAUACACAGUGGAUCAGCUGACACCCUUUACUAACUACACCUUUCAAGUGUCAACAAAAAACCAUAUAACAGGAAGAGUUACAACAUCAGGUCCAUUCCAGACGAGGACCAAUCCCACAGCGCCUGACCCGCCCUCAUUAAGCAUAAACCAGAUAGACCCAGAUUCAGUCCGUCUCUCAUGGUCCUCCGCCGCGAAAGGGUCUGUGUUUUACGAGUACAGUUACAAGAAGAAUCCCGUCUUGUGCGAGGGAGACAGCGCCUUCGUCGACGGAAACACAACAGACCUUUCUGUGACGAUUCCUGUCUGUCCUUAUUGCAAAGUCGUCCUGAAGGUGAUGGCUGGGAACGAAGGAGGAAAAUCCGACUACGAAUUCAAGGAUUUUCAAACCGAAGCUGCCCGUCCAUGGACCCAGCUGGAGACCAUUCAGUGUUCGUCCGACAAGUGUUGGGCCUCCCUUGGCAGUGACACUUGCCGUACUUACAAUGGACCUGAAAUGGCUAUCGAAUACACCUUUAUCCCUGUGGACAGUGAGCGGCAAACGUGCCACUUGAAGACGUUCAACGAAAGCCAAACCUCUCGGCGACUUCCCAGUGGGACGGACCUCGAUCUCAACACCUUGGAGAAGAAUCUACUUCGACACACCAAGUACAGGGUGACGGCCCUCGCAGCAAACAGAGAGGGUACAGCAGCGGAACACCUGGGCAGAAGCACAACGAUGGAAACCAAACCCGCAGCUCCCCUCCGUGUGAGAAACCUACGAGUUAAUGGAGCCCAAAACAGCCUCACUUUAAUCUGGGAGAAGCCGAAGGACUGCCCACCCAAAGGAAAAAUCAGUGAAUACGAGCUUUCUUGGAAAACGGCAGGUGCGAGCUCGUGGUCCAAGCCGGCGAAAACUACAUACACGCAAUACGUCAUAGACGAUUUGGUAACCGAUACGGAAUAUGAGGUCAAGGUCGCAGCAAGAAACGAAGGCGUGGACGAGCUAGGUCUGUCAGUGAAGCGUGGUGCCAAAACAGAAGAAGGAAAGCCGAGUGUCCCCCGAAAUAUGACGAUCACACACGCCACUACAACAGAGAUCGCUGUGACGUGGCAGGAGCCGGAGUUCGCCUCGGGGAAGGUCGCAGGAUACGAGGUCGGGAUCCACGAGGUCGAGAUCCACGAGGUAACUGGCGGAGUGAGCGGCCGAGCGGAGAAUUUAACGGCUGCUGACCGGGCGUAUGCGUUUGAGAGCCUGACGCCCGGUCGCCACUAUAACAUCUCAGUGAAGGUGUGCAACAGCAUACUGUGCAGUGACAGCGUAUGGACUCUGAACUGGACCGUGCCUGAGGCCCCGGAAGUGCAGGGCCAAGUGGCGUGGAUCAGCAGCCAGCCGUCAACCACAACGAUCUCUCUGCCCUAUAUUUCUUCAAGAGACGUUAUUAAUAAGCAGUACGUGGUGGUAAGGAAGGAUGAGGGAGACACAACCAAGUGGGGAGAUAAGAAUUACUUGAUCAGCCUUGCCAAAAGACUGGAGGAUGACAAACGGCUCCAUAGAAGCGACGUCAUCGAAUGGAUCUGCGCAGUUCUCGAGCAUGACGAGGUAGCGAGGGCAUCAGACGUCAAGUUUACCAUUGGAGACAACAAGACUCGCCACGGCAUACAUAACCUUCCCCUUGAAAGGGAUAAGUGUUACCUGGUAGCAGUGAUCUCUGUGGCGGCAGCUGGUCCUCACGAAAGCUACCACGUGUCAGACACAAAGUCACUGUGCAAAGGACCUAAACCAGCACUCGUAGCAUUUGGUGUCAUUAUUGGAUUCGUUAUCUUGGCAGUGCUGAUUGUGUUGACCGUUAUGAGAUAUAGGAAACGACAAGGCAUCCCAAUCGUACAACACAAUAAUGGACUGAUAAGCAGAUCGGAGGAGACCAACCCGUCGCUCGUCCAUCGGGAGACGACAGAGUUCACGGCGUCUCGGGAGCCCACGCUGGAGGGACAAAGGGAAUCCCACGUGUAUGAAAAUUGCAGCCGAAGAAUCACACAGGAGCAUAUAGAGGCUUAUCUUGCAAGGGCUAUUAACUCUCAAGAUAUUGACUUUGAGUUUAAGAGCGUUCCAAUUUCCAUGCAAAAGAGCUGUUCACAUGGAGAGCAAAUGGAGAACAGACGCAAGAACAGAUACAGGAAUAAUCUGCCAUAUGACGACACUCGGAUCCGACUUCCUUCGCUGCCCGAUCAGCCUUGCUCGGAUUACAUCAAUGCCAGUCUUAUCACGGGCCACGUGGAAGGCACUGACUACAUCGCAACCCAAGGCCCCAAAGACGAUAAGAACGACACGGUGCCCGAUUUCUGGAGAAUGGUGUGGCACUGUCGGUCGAACACCAUCGUCAUGGUGGCAAAUCUUUUCGAAAACGGACAGGUGAAAGUCGCACAGUAUUGGCCGGAAAAUCAGCCGAUCUUCUGCAGUGGUUUGCAAAUCACCCUUGUGGAGACGGAGGUUAAGGUUGAGUACGUCAUUCGAAGGAUGAUACUUACGUACCAGAACGAAGUGCGAAAGGUCACGCAAUACCAGUACAUAGCUUGGCCAGAUCACGGCAUCCCUCACAAUCCGUUUGGCUUGGCGCUCAUGGUGUCCGCCAUUAGGGAACAGAAGAAAGAAGGGCCUGCGAUCGUCCACUGUAGCGCCGGCAUCGGACGCACGGGCACGAUCCUGUUCGUCCUCCUCGCCCUCGACCAGAUACAGACCUCCAGUUAUUUUGAUGGGCUCGAGGUCCUCCUUCAGCUGAGGAACGGGAGGCCGAGACUCAUCGAAAACACGAUUCAGUACAACUUCGCCCACCGCAUCCUCCAAGAAUAUCUCUUCGGCAUCAACACCAGCUUUGCCUGUGGAGAUUUUCCGAAGGAGCUCUCAUGGCUGCGCGAGGCGGAGGUGGAGAGCGGAGCAUCUGCGCUGGAAAUGCAGUAUAAGAAACUGAAGAAUCUCCCAAAGGUUUUGUCCUUCAUUAUGGCCAAGAACCCAGCCUGUGCAAAUCGCAACAGGAAUCCUGACAUUCUGCCUGCUGACAACAGAAUGGUGUUCGUGCAGAGUUUGGGAGGCGGUUUAGAGAACCAAUAUAUAAAUGCAGUGAUGCUCAACGCUUUAGACCGCAAGGAUGCAUACAUUGCAGCAGAGCACCCCCAGCUCCAUACCAUGCAAUCUAUGUGGGCGCUUGUGCACGAAAGACGCAUUCCAGUGUGGGUCCUUUUGCAAUCCUUCCCUGAGGAUGAUCAGGAAUUCCCGUCGGUCAUCCCGGCCGUGGAGAGGCAACAGGUGGGACUAUUCGAGCUGACUCUCACAGGCCUUCAGUCCUAUCAGAAUUUUGUAGAAUACUACGUAGAAAUUUCUCUUCAGGGAUCGCCAACGGUAUCACCCCACAUGUGCGUUCUGGUCGUGAUGAACGGCUGGCCGCACGACCAGGAUCUCCCGUCCUCAGUGGAUCCUCUCCUGGCAGUGUUAGAGCGAUUAGAGUCUCUCAACGACCCCAUGACCAGCGCUCUUGUGACAUGCAGAGACGGCGUGACAGCAACAGGAGUCAUGAUGGCUCUCCUGGUCUUGAUAGAGAGAAUUAAACUCUUUCAAGAAGUUGAUGUUUAUCGAUCAGUUCAAGAGGUUAUUUACGCUAGACCACAGUUCAUUACCAGUGUUGAUCAAUACGACCUCCUUUAUGAAGCUGCGGCUACAUAUCUGGAAGCCUAUAACACGUACGGAAAUUUUAACUGAACUAAAAUUGACUUUAGGAGCAGUUUAUCAUAUUCAGAGACACUUGAGACACCUUUUUCUGGUGGAGGUCCUCUUCAGCUAUGAUUGGCUGAGACGUGAGACAGUUCAGCGGUGAUUGGCUGCGGCGCUAGAUACCUCAGUGGUGAUUGGCUGCGGCGCUAGAUACCUCAGUGGUGAUUGGCUGCGGCGCUAGAUACCUCAGUGGUGAUUGGCUGACAGGUCCGAAAUGCUGGUCCAGCUCUCUACACAAGGUGUCCGAAGUAUCUCUGAAUAUGAGCGAUAGUGAGAAUAAAGUAUUUUGUUACAUGAAACAAGAGAAUCGGCUUUAUUUAAGGUGACAUUAGUAUAUAUUUGUCUUCACCAACACCCACAAUUAGAUGAACAGAAGGAUAAAUAGAUAGAUAGAGGGGUUAUUAAGAGAUAAGUGAUGUAACUCAGGCAUGAAAGGCAAAGAAUGUCUCUGUUUCCAAAAAGUAAUAUUCAUUUUCUAUUAUUUUGUACCAAAGGCCUAUAUUUGCAUAUCUCUACCUCUUUAUCUAUAUGUAUUUAUACACAUAUAUAUAUAUGUGUAUAUAGACACAUAUAUAUAUGUGUAUAUAUAUUCAUAUAUAUACAUAUAUAUACAUGUGUCUGUGUGUGUUUAUGUGUUUAUGUGUGUGUGUGUGUGCGCGUGUGUGUGUAUGUGUGUGUGUGUGUUAACAUCUAUGGAAUGGCUAAAAAAUAUAUAAAUAUUCUUAAGUGAUGCAUGCGAUGCACCUUAAACAUUUAGAUUUGGCUAAAUGUAGCUCUUGUUCAUUUCGCAGAUUUUGUAUAUAGUUGAUGGGCUACGAUUAUGAAUAUUUACAACACUCAGAUUUGUUUUUGUUUUUAUAAUGUGUAUGAUUCAAAAUCAUCAGCCUCUUUCUGUAUGUUCUCUCUUACUGUUACUUCCCUUCAUUUAUCAGAAGUUGUAACAUGCCCAGUGUAAAUACUACAUAGUACAGAUUUGAUAUGUUGUAAGUAUAUUUCUAUACCUCAUGCUGUUAACAUACCAGUGCAGUUAGGCGAUAUACUUGAUAUAAAUCUUCAAUAAGUAUGUUGUACAUUUGAAUUUCUUCCGUUUUAAGUAAUAGGCCUAAAUGAGAAAAACAAUAUUUGUGAUUAUAAUAGUGAAUACUUUACUUUCAUAUCUUUACUUUUGUAUGUUAUGUAUACUUUAAUGUAUAUGUAUACUUUAUAUAUAUGUGUAUACUUUAUAUAUAUGUAUACUAUAUAUAUAUAUAUGUAUAUACUUUAAUGUAUAUGUAUACUUUUGUAUGUUAUGUAUGAUAGCGAAAACUUUACUUUUGUAUGUUCUUAACAUUGUAUAUUUGUCAUACUGUAUUUGUCCCUCGUUGAUUGUAUAUGUUUUGUUUAUUACUAGAAUUUUAAAGAAUAGAUUGUAAUGAAUUUCUAAAAGAUAUAAAGGAGAAUCAAUAAAUACAAUAAACCUGUCAAUACAACAAACGUUUCAGCACCUACUAUUGAUCAGAAUGUAACACCGAAACGUUUUAUUCUCCUUCAUAUCUUUGUUACACAUGACUCUGGAUACGUUUGAAAUGCAUGAUGUGCCUGUAUAAAUUCGAUAACAUAGUACGAAAUUUUGAUUAUAACAGACGAAGGAAAGAAAGAAAGAAAACUUAAACCACCCUUUGUUAUGCUUUGGUGAUUUAAGAUUUCUACCAUUACACUAUAACCUAAACGUACAGUGUUAGACCAUGCGAGUCGACAAGUUCAAUA